AUGCGCGAGAGGCUAGGCCCACGACUUGACGUCCACGCCCGCUUGGGACCGCAGGGAAAUGUACUUCAAAGGCUAGGCCCCCAGGGAGGAAAAUCAGACAACCAUCGCAACGAGGAUCGUGAAGAAAGACGCUCGGCUGUCCACUCGCAGACGAACAUUCACGAGAGGCUACGUCCCCAGGGUGGUCAACCGGAUAAUCCUCACAAUGAGGACCGCGAAGAAAGACGCUCCGCUGCUCACUCACGAAGAGACGGCUCUCGUCGACCAACUACGGAGAAUCUCUCGCAAGCGCAGUCCACCAACACUCCGCCUAGGCAGCGCAGACGAGAAGGUCGACACUCGCAGACCCAGGAAGAGGUCAGUCAACGUCGCCCGAAUCGCGAAGGUCGCCAACGUGAUCGACCAACAAUGUGCAUGGAGGACGUCGAGAAGCUUAUGAAUGACCGACUUCGAGAUCUGAAGACUGGUGGGAACCUCGACGAUGCACUACGCAAGGAGAUCGACCAGGCAAACUCCACACCUUUCACUGCCGAAAUCGAGCAGGCUGCUCCCCCGAAGCGAUUCUCCACGCCUUCGUUUACACACUUCAAAGGGGACUCCGAUCCCGAGAGUCACCUAAAACACUUCAAAAGUGUCAUGAUCCUCCACAAGGCCGACGACGCGUUGAUGUGCAAGGUAUUCGUAGUGACCUUGCGAGGAGCAGCCCAAGAUUGGUUCCACACCCUGCCAUCUGGGUCGAUCAACAGCUUCAAGGAGUUGGCUUACGUCUUCACCAAAGAGUACACCUCCUACCGGACGAUCAAGAAGAACCCUGACCACCUGUACAACCUGCGCAAGAAGUCCGACGAAUCCCUUCGAGAUUACAUCAAGAGAUUCAAAGCAGAAAAGGCCAACAUUGUAGGAUGUGACGACCGGAUCGCAUCAUCUGCUUUCAAGAAAGGCCUCCCAGCUGAACACGACUUGUACCGCGAGCUGACUAUCACUCCCAGCCAGACUCUGGCAGAGGUCUACGCGACCGCGGAACGCUACGCGCUCUGGGAUGACGAUCGAAUCGCCGCAAAAAAGUCUACUAAGCAGGAAGAUCAACCGACUAAGCGGGCAGGUCAAAGAAGCGAUGGAUUUAGCAACAAGAACAAGGAUAAGCGCAGGUCACACCCACAAGGAGACGCUACAGCAAGAGAGAACUACACCAACCCAAGUAAAAACAAACCUUGGGUAAGAAGACCGCCACCCUUGAAAGGAGAUCCAGACAAGAGAGAUACAAGCAAAUACUGUGCCUUCCAUGGGACACACGGGCACACUACCAAUAACUGCCUCGCUUGGAAAGCACACCUUGAAGAACUCGUAAAAGAGGGUCACUGCACGGAGUUCAUCGCGAAGCAGGCCAUCCAGCGGAUUGAAGAUCGAGACACCGCCAAGGAACCGCCCCAGAAGGUCAUAAGGAUUAACACAAUCCUAGCCGACGCCAAGGAGUCAGGAUUGACCAGCAAGGAAAAGAAGAGGAAGAUCAAACAGGCCACUAUGAUCUCCCAAGUCUCGACUGACCUUCCACCAACAGAAGACGAUCCUAUAAUCGGCUUCCAAAAGAAAGAUCUGAUCGGCCUCGACAUGCCACAUAACGAUGCCCUUGUCAUCAGCAUACAAAUCGCUCAGGCCAUGGUCGACCGAAUCCAUGCAGACGAGGGCAGCGCAGCCAAUAUCCUGCAACUGGCUGUCAUCCAGCAGAUGGGCUUGGAGGCAAAGAUCAACAAAUCAGCCAGAUCGCUGACCGGCUUCAAUGGCGCAACAACGGUUACCGUGGGCACAAUAGACCUUGACGUCUACUCCCCACCUGUAGUCUGCUUGCAAACGUUCAUGGUCAUUAAUGAGGUCUCACCCUACAACGGCAUUCUGGGCAGGCCAUGGAUCGGCAUGAUCAACGCCAUCACCUCUGCCACACAUCAGAAAAUUCGGUACCCAAUCCCUGGGGGCGGUGUUGGACAAAUCAACAGCGAUCAGGCAAUGGCGAGGAAGUGCUCCGCCCAAGGGCUGAAGAAAAGCAAGCAAGCGCAGUUCCUCCCAGUAAGCCAGGCAGAUCUGAAGGAGGUGGAACAAUCGAACCAUGCUAUCUUAUAG